AUGUGCGCGGGGCCACAGCGUCCACUCGGACCGCGAGAUUCACGAUGCACGAUGAGUCGAAACGAACGGGCAUCGCACACAACCGGUGCUGAUUGGCGCGUAUUCAUUCUCGGCAGCGUAUAUGCCGUAUCCGACAUUCUCGACUUGCCGCAUCAGGCCACGCCAUUGACACAAGCGAGCUCCAGCGCCCGGACAGCAGGCCAUCCGCCUGCCGUCGCAACGCAGGCCAAGCCCUCUGUCCGCCGCCGCUGGACCAAAUUCCUUCCUUGGGGCGGCCAGGCCGCAGUUCAUUAG